GUCAGAAAGAGGGAGAAGCCGGCUUUGUCCAUACAGGUCUCCUCUCGAGAAAAAAGAGCUCUUAUUUUGUAGUUUCGGACAUGGACAGAUGCUGUGAGACAAAGAAGGAAACAAUCUGUGGACAAUUUGUUUUUGUGGCGCUGGGACUUUUUGGCCAAAAAAGGACUUGAGCCACUGACGAUCUCUUAAAAAAUCCCAAGAAUUUCAUUUAACUUGAUGAAAGAGUUUGUUUUACUUUUCUCAAGCAGUAGAUUUUUUUUUCUUUUGAGUACAACAUUUCUCUUUUUUCACUGAGAAGUGCUUCUCUUUGACACUUUUACUUUCCUUCUCCCCUUUUGCCACCCGGCGGUCUUCUGUUUGCCAGUUUUGGUGGUCAGGCACAUUGGUUGUAAUCAUUGUCAAAGCUCCUCUGGCCAUGUAACCGACCCUUCCUCUGGCCCUGGAUCUCACCCGGUGAACCGAUUCACCUGAGCGAGUUAUUUUGGCCUCCCGGGUUUCAGGCUUUGGACUCAGCUGAGGUUUUGGCCAUGCUACGUUGUGUUCUUCAGCGAGCCAACAACCUGAGGCACUCUGACCCCCUGGCUAGUGUCACCUUCAGAGGGUCCAAGAAGAAGACAAAGGUUAUCAAGAACAACCCUAACCCUGUUUGGAAUGAGGGUUUUGAAUGGGAUCUGAAGGGGAUUCCUCUGGACUCUGGAGCGGAGCUGCACUGUGUUGUUAAAGACCAUGAGAAGAUGGGGAGAAACAGGUUCCUGGGGGAAUGCCGGCUGGCUCUCAGGGACGUACUCAACUCUCCCAGCCUGGCCGCCUCCUUCACCAUUUCCCUGCUGGACACCAAGAGAAAUAACACUGGGGCCACGCUGACCCUUCAAGUUUCCUACAUCCCCCCUCCAGGAUCGGCUCCAAUUGUCCAUCCUCCUUCCCAGCCUGAGGCUUUUCCCCAAAAUAACCCCAAUAUGGAGCUGGACAACGCCACAGUGAUUUCCACAGAUACGUUGGGCGAGGAGGAUACAGAGAGUAUGGUGAUGCUGGAGCCCACAGACGACCAGGGGCCUGACGACGGACGGUCCAUGGUCAUCGUCGGCCCUCAGGGGCCCCCGGGCCGGGAGUCUCCCACCAACCAGACACCCAAACGCACGCCCCCAGCCUACAACACCCAAGGAGGGCUGAGAAAGCGGAGGAGAGGAGCCAGCAGUCAGCCCAAACCGCUGCCAAACAAACCACAGGACCUACAGGUUCGUGUGCGGGUCAUUGAGGGGCGACAGUUGCCGGGCAUCAACAUCAACCCUGUUGUCAAGGUAACGGUAGGCGGGCAGACCAAGAGGACCCGCAUCAGAAAAGGCAACAACCCGGUCUUUGAUGAGACGUUCUUCCUGAACUUCUUUGAGACUCCAUCAGACUUGUUUGAUGAACCAAUCUUCAUUACUGUGUGUGACUCUCGCUCGCUCAGAACUGAUGCUGUGAUCGGUGAAUUCAAGUUGGAUGUAGGCACCGUCUACAACGAGCACAGACACUGCUUCUUGAGGAAAUGGCUGCUGUUGAGCGACCCCGACGACCUCUCUGCCGGGGUCAAAGGUUACCUGAAGGUCAGCCUGUUCGUCUUGGCGGCUGGAGACGAGCCACCGGCUGAUAAGCGCGAGUGUGUGGAGGAUAAAGAGGACAUCGAAGGAAACCUGCUGAGGCCGGCUGGUCUGUCUCUGAGAGGAGCCACUUUCACUCUGAGGAUCUUCAGAGCUGAAGACCUGCCACAGAUGGAUGAUGCCUUCAUGGAUGGGAUGAGGCAGAUUCUUGGGUUUGAUAGCCACAGGAAGAACUUGGUGGAUCCUAUGGUGGAGAUCCACUUUGCUGGCAAAACGAUCUGCAGUAAGAUUCUGGAGAAGAAUGCCAAUCCACAGUGGAACCAGAGUCUGGCCAUGCCUAUAAGGUUUCCCUCCAUGUGCGAGAGGAUGAGGAUCAGAAUUCUGGACUGGGACAGAGCCAGUCACAACGAUGUCAUCGGCACCACCCACCUCUGUAUGUCUAAGAUCUCCGCCCCCGGAGGAGAGAUAGAUGUUGAUGACAGUCUUGGUUUCCUGCCGACGUUUGGUCCAUGUUUCGUCAACCUGUACGGCAGCCCCAGGGAGUUCACUGCCUUCAAUGACCCCCAUGAGGCUCUAAACCUCGGAAAAGGGGAGGGUGUAGCGUACCGAGGUCGAGUUUUACUGGAACUAACAACAAAACUGGUGGACAAGCCGGAGCAGAGAACUGAAGACAUACCGUCGGAUGACCUGCUAGUGGUGGAGAAGUUCCUCAGGAAGAGGAAGUUCUCACUCUUCGUAGCGUUUUACUCAGCCACGCUCCUCCAGGACGUCGACGAUGCCAUCCAGUUUGAGGUCAGCAUUGGCAACUACGGCAACAAGUUCGACAACACCUGCCUCCCUCUCGCCUCCACCACCCAGUUCAGCAGGGCUGUGUUUGAUGGUUGCCACUACUACUACCUGCCAUGGGGGAAUGUGAAGCCGGUGGUGGUUCUGUCUUCAGAGUGGGAGGACAUCAAACCGAGGCUCGAGGCUCUCAACAUGCUGCUUGCGAUCACAGAGCGACUGGAGGCAAACCUGCAGCGGGCGCAGCUGGAAAUUAAGGCAAGCAGUGACCUGAAGAAGACUGAGCUCAAAGUCGAGCUGUUGGAUCAGGUCAUUACAGACUGCAGUGAGGAGCUGCCCUCUCUCGACCAGUGGCAGUGCGCGACCCCGCUGGACCGCUCGCUGAGGCACAUCCGCGCUUUGCACCUGCAGCAGAUCGUUGCGGCAGCGCUGGAUCUGAAACACGGGCCGGACACUGAGCUCUCCGUGGUGCUGGAGCAGGCUGAGGACUGGGCCAACAGGCUGAGGACCAUGACCGAGGAGCCUCAGAACAGUAUUCCAGACAUAGUGAUAUGGAUGCUGCAGGGCGACCGCAGGGUGGCUUACCACCGCAUCCCGGCACACACUGUCAUCUUCUCCCAGGAUCAAUGUGGGAAGCACUGUGGACAGCUGCAGACUGUCUUCCUCAAGCACCCGCAAGGCAGUGGCGGAGAAGCCAAACUUCCCGGUCAGCUGAGGGUCAAAGUCUGGUUUGGACUGGCUGCAGAUGUCAAACAUUUCAACCAAUACGCUGAAGGAAAACUGUCGGUCUUCGCUGAAACGUAUGAGAACCAGACCCGGCUCGCCUUGGUGGGCAGCUGGGGAACUACAGGUCUGACCUACCCCAAGUUCAGUGACGUCACCGGGAGAGUCAAACUGCCCAGAGAGAGUUUCAGACCCUCGCCUGGCUGGACCUGGGCUGGAGACUGGUACAUCAGCCCCGAGAAGACACUGCUGUUUGACGUGGACGCCGGUCACAUGACCUUCACGGAGGAAGUGUUUGAAAACCAGAUGAGGUUACCAGGCGGACAGUGGAUCGCUAUGCCGGAGGGCUACACAGAUGUGAAUGGGGAGAAAGCGGUGCCAAAGGACGAGGUGGAGUGUCCUCCGGGUUGGGCGUGGGAGGAGGUGGAGUGGAGCGAAGAUCUCAACAGGGCCGUGGAUGAUCAAGGCUGGGAGUACGGUAUCACCAUCCCUCCAGACCGCCGUCCCAAGUCGUGGGUGCCGGCAGAGAAGAUGUACCACACCAACCGACGGAGGCGGUGGGUACGGAUGAGACGGCGAGACCAGCAGAAGAUGGAAGCUCUCAGAAAGCAGCGUCCGGACGAGGCGGAGAGGGAAGGCUGGGAGUACGCCUCGCUGUUCGGCUGGAAGUUCCACCUGAAGCCGAGGAAGACGGACAGCUUCAGGAGGCGCAGGUGGAGGUGCCGCAUGGAGCCACUGGAGAAGACGGGGCCGGCCGCCAUCUUUGCCCUGGAGUGUUCCCUGAGCGGUGUAGAGGACAGGAACGAGGACAAGUCAGUCACAACCACAUUUGGAGUCAACAGACCGACCAUUUCUUGUUUCUUUGACAGUGGCACCCGGUAUCACCUGCGCUGCUACCUGUACCAAGCCAGAGACCUGCUGGCCAUGGACAAAGACAGCUUCUCAGACCCCUACGCCAUCGUGUCAUUCCUCCAUCAGUCCCAGAGGACGGUGACGGUGCAUAACACUCUCAAUCCCACCUGGGACCAGACGCUAAUCUUCUAUGAACUGGAGAUAUUUGGGGACCCCGAAGACACAAUGGCCAAUCCUCCCAACAUCGUGGUGGAGCUUUACGAUCAGGAUACAUACGGUGCGGAUGAAUUCAUGGGCCGUUGUGUGUGCCAGCCCACCCUGAACCCCUCCCCCUCUCUGGCCUGGUUCCCGAUUCGCCGAGGGGACAAGAACGCUGGCGAGCUGUUGGCCGCCUUCGAGAUCAUACGCAGGGAAAAGCCAGCAAUUCACCAUAUUCCGGGUCAAGAGGGAGACAUCAUUACCACCAACCAAGUUCUAGACGAGUUGUUGUUUUCAGGAUUCCUCUCUGAAAACCUGCAGCAGUGGCCCGAUGAGUCGGACCUUCCGUACCCGCCUCCUCAGAGAGAGCCCAACAUCUUCAUAGUUCCUCAGGGAAUCAAGCCUGUUCUGCAGAGAACUGCCAUCGAGAUCCUAGCUUGGGGCGUUCGUAACCUGAAGAGUUUCCAGUUGGCCAGCGUUACCUCCCCGAGCCUGCAGGUGGAGUGUGGAGGCACCAUGAUCCAGAGCUGUGUCAUCCGCAGUGUGAAGAAGAAGCCCAACUUUGACGUCAAUAUACUCGUUCUUGAUGUGAGGCUUCCGUGUAAGGAGUCCUACAUGCCGCCAAUCGUCAUCAAAGUCAUCGACAACCGUCAGUUUGGGAGGAAGCCGGUGGUCGGCCAGUGCACCAUCCGGUCGUUGGAGGCGUACCGGUGCAACCCAGAGGAGGAACGAGCGGCGGUGGAGGAGGAAGAGGACGGAUGGAGACGUGAGACGCCCCAGUUAACUUCUGGGGAGGUUUUCAUUGACAUCGGUGAUGAGGAGCCGCUGGUACCUGACCAGGGAGAAGAGUUCAUGGACUGGUGGAGUAAGUUCUACGCCUCGACUGGAGAGAAAAGCAAGUGCGGGACGUACCUGGCGAAAGGCUUGGACACACUGCAGGUGUAUGGCCAGGAGUUGGAGAAGGUGGAGGGCUUUGAGGGUCUCUCUGAUUUCUGUGACAUCAUCAAGCUAAGGAAAGGAAAGACUCAGGAAAGAAGAGAAGAUCCAGGUGGUGGGAGAGGUAUGAUUAAGAUCUACCCCCUGCCAGACGACUCCUCGGCCUCUGCUCCCCCAAGACAGUUCAGAAAACUUCCUCCCAACGGCAUUGAGGAGUGUUUGGUCCGAGUCUACAUCAUCCAGGCUCAUGGACUGCAGCCCAAAGACCCCAACGGGAAGUGUGACCCCUAUGUGAAGAUCACCUUGGGGAAAAAGACCCUCAACGACCACGAAAACUACAUCCCCUGUACACUGGACCCUGUCUUUGGAAAGAUGUUUGAGCUCACCUGUUCCCUCCCUCUGGAGAAGGACCUCCGGGUGACGCUGUACGACCACGACAUGCUGACCAAGGACGAGAAGAUCGGAGAGACGGUGAUCGACCUGGAGAAUCGCUUCCUGUCCAAAUACGGAGCCAUGUGUGGCCUGCCACUGUCCUACUGCGUAUCGGGGAUAAACCAGUGGCGAGACCAGCUGACACCGAGGCAGCUGCUUUGCAGAGUGUGUGAGCGACGAAACCUGGGGAAGCCUGUCUACCAGGACGACGUAGUCUUCUUCAGAGGAAAGCGAUACACCGCUGCGGACCUUGAGGAAAAAGACGAGUCCAAACGUUACCUCGGUCCAAUUAAGGAGCAACUGUCCCUCCACAUCUUGAGGACCCUGGGAUUGGUACCUGAACACGUGGAGACCAGGCCGCUGUACAGCCCAUUGCAGCCUGACAUAGAGCAGGGGCGUUUGAUGAUGUGGGUUGACCUGUUCCCCAAGUCCCUGGGACCACCUGGACCCCCGUUCGACGUCACGCCACGCAAGGCCAAGAAGUUUUUCCUGCGUUGCAUCAUCUGGAACACCAGUGACGUCAUCCUGGAUGACGUCAGCCUCAGCGGGGAGAAGAUGAGCGACAUCUACGUUAAAGGCUGGCUCGACGGUCACGAACACAACAAGCAGAAGACCGACGUCCACUACCGCUCUCUGGGCGGAGAGGGAAACUUCAACUACAGAUUCCUGUUCCCCUUCAACUAUUUACCCGCAGAACAGCUCUGUGUCAUCGACAGGAAGGAACAUUUCUGGAGUCUGGAUAAAGCCGAGACCAAACUGGCCCCCAAGAUGACCAUCCAGAUCUGGGACAACGACAAGUUCUCCUUCGACGACUACCUCGGUCACCUGGCGAUGGACCUGAACCACAUGCUGCGUCCGGCUAAGACUCCGCAGAAAUGUAACCUGCAGCUCCUGGAGCAGCCGGCGGACAGGCUGGUGUCUCUGUUUGAGCAGAAGACCGUCAAAGGGUGGUGGCCCUGCAUCUGCGAGCAAAACGGAGAGAAGAUCAUCGCUGGGAAGGUGGAGAUGUCUCUGGAGAUCGUGACGGAGCAGGAGCAGGAGGAGAGGCCAGCCGGCCUUGGCAGAGAUGAGCCCAACAUGAACCCUCACCUGGAGGAACCUCAGCGGCCAGAGACCUCCUUCCUGUGGUUCUCCUCCCCCUAUAAGACCCUCAGGUUCAUCCUGUGGAGGCGCUUCAAGUGGUUUAUCAUCCUCUUCAUCAUCCUCUUCCUCAUCCUCCUCUUCCUCUGCAUCUUCCUCUACUCUUUCCCGAACUACGCUGCCAUGAGGUUGGUGGGACCUUUUGGACCAGCCAAGGCGGCACAGUGAUGAUGGAAGAGACAAGGAAAGUGGGGGGGAGAAAAGAAAAACAUGAACAAGCUGACACAGUCGAGAACAAUGUCAAGUUUCUGAAAGUUCCAUGUUAAUUUCCGUCCGUCCUUCCUUUCCUCUCUUCCUUGAGUCCGUUCUGUCAUCUUCCUCAAGUUGGUCGGAGCAAAUGACGACUGCAGUGACGAACCGGUGAACACGGCGUGUGCGCGCGUGUGUCCACUUGUGCCUUCACCGUCCGACGGGCUUUUCACUGUCUCCGAAUGCACGGCCAAAGCACUGAUCGGAUCCCAGCACGUGUCGCCCUGUUGUCCUCGUUUUCCCUCCGUCCCCCCCUUUGUUUUCGUCUCGCCCGCGCUCACGCGGAGAUGAAGGAGAAUUAAGGCCCGCCGCCGAGCGCCGCCAGGUUUGCAGCAGAAUCCGAGGUUGAGAUUUUGCUGCUUGAUCUUUUUACGGCCCGCUCUUUCCCAGCGAGAGGCGAAGCCGGGCCAGGCAGUGACUCAGCGGCUUCAGAAUGUCGACCUUAUCACUCUAAACUCAGUCUGAGCUAAAAAACAAACAAAACUUCAAGCAAGAGCGAAAAUUUGAAUCAUCGUUUUCGCAGUGUCAACAACCUUCUUCUCCCUUUUUCCUCCCCUUCAUCCUCCUACUUUUUUCUCCUCCUCCUUUACCUCCUCAACCCCUCCCCCCUCCUCUUUUCCCUCUAUUUCCUUCUCGUCCUUAGUCUUCAUCCUCCUCUUCAUCUACUCCUUUGCGUCCCCUCAACUUCCUUCCCCUCUGGCGUCUCCAUCUGUACUUCCUCACCUUCUUCCUGC